GAAUGAGGUUCAACAAGCAGGAGCUGCAGGCGCUGGCGUCCCAGACGUCGCAGAACUUCGAUAAAGAAGGAGUGUUGACCUUCAGAGAGAGACAAGAUGGUUUCUUUCGGAGAUCUGAAGGGUGCUCUCUGCGCUGGUUCCGCCUGCGCGGCAACUUGCUGUUCUACCUAAAGGGCCCCGAGCCGUGGUACGAGCCCAUGGGCGUCAUAGUCCUGGGCCACCACCGGGUCAAAACCCAGCCGCCGGAUGAGAACGGCCACUGGCCUUUUCAGAUAGUGUGGGACAACGGGGUGAGCUACCGCAUGGCGGCGCACCACGAGUCGGAGCGCACGCUGUGGCUGGAAGCCAUACAAAUGGCGCCCUACGACAACAUCAAGGCGCAGAUCGCGUCGUUGAGGGACCGGCUUAACAAGAUACGACCUCAUGUUGAUAUAGCCACCUAUAGGCUGCAGAGAGGCAUUGUCACUGACAUGAACGAAGUGCCUCUCUGUGAGCUAGCGCUGUCCUGCGACAAUCUCCUCUGCGACACGCACGGCCGCCCGCCCUCCCCUCUCGUGGUCCUCUACGUUCGCUACCCGAAAGGCCUCUGCGUUCGGUAUGGUACCACCGAGGUUGUCGAGCCGUGCAGCAAUCCCUGCUUCUCAAAGACCAUACUGUUCCGGGCGAGCGACGGCCUGACCGGAGACGCGGUGGUACGCAUAGUGGUCUACGACGUCAAGGAGAGGGUGUCGGAGACCACCGUGCCUAUGGGAUAUACUUCGCUGACACUCGCUACUAUACAGGAUUCUCAACGUGUACGAGUAGCCUUAUCAACCCGCGAGAACAAGACCGUCGGCUUCGUGACCGUCAACGGCUGGAGCCUGGAGCCCUCCUACAUCGGCAGCCCAAUACACACAGACAAGACUGUAGACAUUCACAGAAUACAGUGUCACCGACGCGCACACUCCCUACCGCCUCGAUUGGGCUUGAAGCUAAAGUUCCCCUCGUACGGAAACGUGUUGAAGCAGAACUUCGUCAACAGUCACCAAGUGACGUACAGGUUCCAUUCGGGCCUGGGCGGGGACAUCACGGUGCACGAGGUUAUGGCUGAAGCCAAGAUCUGCUUCCAACUGCCGGCUGAACUACUGAACAUGUUCAUCCAGCGCGAGAAAGAGUUACUAGAGCAGCUCCUCUCCGUGGGCGAGAUCUGUGGGCACUGGCAGCACAAGCAGCUAGAACUAGUCGGGGCACAUGUGGCCCUGUUGAAGCAUUACUGUCGAUGUCGACGGUGUUUGGCCAGUCCCGAGGCGCAUUUCAAGCCGAGCGCCAAAAAAGAGCACGUGAGCCUCGAGUUCGCGCCGAUCAACCUCCACCUGCAGCGCAUGUGGGUUCACAACGACACCCUCAACAAAUCCGGCUUCCACGACGUUAUUACUGCCGGUGCAUUCGCCGUGCAUACUAAUAAGAACGAACGUACUGGAGGACUUAUACGAUUAGUCCAGCAAGCCAAAGACGUGAAUAGCACCAAAGCCGCCAUAGAUUCAGCCACCGCCAACAAGAUACAAGCGGAAUACGACACCGUAGUGGCCAUUAGGACGCUUCGGGACGAAAUAGCGGACGGUGCCGCGCGCGUGUGCAUGUAUGUCCAGGCCGGCCGGGGGGAGGAGGCUACGGCGGUUGUUGACGAUAUAAAGAGCAAAGUAAAGAAAAUGAUCACUCUUUGGGACCCGAACGCUAUAGAGGAAUCUCUCUCAGUCAUCGGGUGGCCUCAGAAAAUCAGCAACGAGUCGGAAAUACAGACAAUGUGCACAAUAAAGCGCCUAAUCGAGCAGUUGACCUCCAGCGACACGCACAGCUCCGACUGCGACACGCUCUCCUCCUGUUCCUCCUCCAAAGACCCCUCCCCCACCACUGACCCCCCUCCCCUCUCCUCGAGCGCCCCUAACAUCAACAAGAACCUUGAGUUCCACAACGAUUACUUCGAGAGUGAACGGAAACUGUUUAACCAUUCGUUCCGUUCAGUUCGUUCGCAAACGCCGAAAUUGAAUGAACAAUGUCGGUCGCUGGACGCGAACAAUGAGUAUGGGAGUGUGGAGCUUUCGUAUAAGUGCUUGGAUUUGAGUACGGGGAAGAAGACGAGUUCCCAUAGCCAAGACAUGGGUGAAACGGACCCUGCCGUGAAGGAAAGCAAUCUGUCUUGUCUAAAACACUUGGCCACCGAACUGCAAGAAGCUUUAGAAGCCUACAGCUCUACUGCGGUGGACGCUGCGCAGUGUAAAGCCUCCCUCGAACUUCUAGAAACGCACGCAGCGCGGCUCCUAACAAGCGCGCGCGCGUUGGUGUCCCGCGCGAGCGUCGCGCACGCGGCGUUGCGUUUACGCUGCGAGCCCGCGCAGUGGACGCGGGAUCACGCGCAGCUGCAGGCUAGAAGAGACAAGUGCUUCAGUCAGGCGUUAACAACAGUAACAGCGGGCCUUGUAUCCUGGCUAUGCGGGGCGAAUGCGCACAUCGUUUCGCUCCUCUCGUCGGGGCUGGGCCCGUUGUGCGGGUUCGAGGGGCUACUCAGUCUGUACGCGGCCGAGCGCGCCAUGUGGGGCGACAUGGCCGUCGCGGUCGAGGACCUCCACACUGUCCAGUUUACGUUGACUAAGAGCGAUCACAACAAUGUGUUACCUCGCGUAUCGGGGACGCGCGGCUCCCUGGUCGUACACAUACCAAUCUCAGACUCCCUAUACGCCAAAUUUACUAAUAAAGAGCACCUAACCUUCACAAUAACCGCCGUAUUCUUUAACAUCGGCGUGAACGAGAAGGCCACGCUGGCCGAGGCGCUGGGCGAGACCACGCCGCAGUACCACUCCAACUGCGACAACUAUGAUCGCCUGCACAAGUACUAUCUAAAGUACUGCAAGGUGUGCCCGCAGGAUCACACGGCUAGAGCGUCAUCGCGAACAAAGCCGCUGGAAGAAGUAAUGGAGAACCUGAGGAUAGCGGUGCACAAGAAGGUGCCGAAAAACGUCGAGGUGCUACAUCUUGCUGCGCUUGCCACAAGACUCAUGAACGGCAUUAGAUUCACGUCGUGCAAGAGCGCCAAAGACCGCACAGGCAUGUCGGUCACCCUCGAGCAAUGCUCCAUCCUCGCCUCCGAAUAUCAUCUCGCUGACACCGAGAUGAGGAAAGCACUCGCUAUAAUGAGAAGCGAGGGCUGCCGCCGAGAGAACACGUUCAAGAACAUCGGCGUGAGGAAAUACGCUUUCACGAAGAAACAAGUCGCAGCCCUGCCCGAGGACUAUAGGCCUCCCCCCGGCACCUUCAGCUCUUCGCAAACUUAAGUACCUCUUAGAUCGUGACUGAAACAUCCCCUCAUAAGGGGCGCCGCAAGCCCCCUUUUUAGUUAGUUCACGGAGAAGCAAGGAGCGGCACCCGAGGACUAUAGGGCUAUCCCUGGCACCUUAAUCUUCGCAAUCUUAAGUACUUUUGUCAAAAACUUUACCCUGAGUACCCUCGCAAGUAUAGGUAUCCCUGAAGGUAGGCGAGUACUUGCCUCUGUGUGUCACGCGUUGACUCCUUCACUCUCUUUUAAGGCCGCUACACCCUUAAUUGCUUUCUUUUAGAUUCACCC